UUUUAGAGUAAAAAGUGUCAGAAGAAAUGUAAAGCACAUUGUAUUUUAGAUAUUUUUUUCACGUAAUAUUUCUUUCAGUAAUGUUAUAUUUAUUAAAAUAAAACUACGCAUACUUUCAGUGUUAAUAACAUUAACGGUAUUUGGAUGGAUUUUCUAGAUUCAUUAGAUCUACAACCGCAUGCGCAUGACAAGAAGACUGACCGUAUGCGCUCAUGGUACCUUUACGAGCAGUAUAGAACGCUAGAGCAGCAUCAGCUGGAUGCGGCGCAGCAACUCCGGAACCGCUCGGUGCAAGAGCAGCUACUGCAUCAGGAGCUCACGGAGCGGCGUGCUCGGCGUAGCCUUUUUGAUCAGGUCAGCGUGUAUCUCAGCGACCCGAAGCAAGACUGCAGCCAAGCCACCUGCCUCAGCACGACCAACGACGACUUCUACGAAAGCUUCUGCGAGCUCCAUGACUUCGAAGACAACAACAGCUUGGGCAGCCACCAUGGCUCCGAUAAUACCUUUAUGGAGGAUAAGAAUUUAGAAGAUUUCCAUGAGGAUACCAGCUGCGCGGACAGCGUCUCUAGCGUGGUUGAUAAGGAAGCUACAGACAAGUCCGCGCAACGAACUAUAGCUGAAAACAUCAAAUUGCAUUUACAGACUGUUAAAGAAAACAUGGCAAGCCUCGAGAGAUACGCGCGGAUGGCUGAUGGAGACCACAUCUCGGAGGCGAGCGUAGACUCUCUGGGUUGGCCCAAGCGAAACGUUCUUCGGAAGAACGUUGAUGAUAAUCAGUUGUUUUACAUGUGGAGCCGACUGGUUGCGUUUGCGUACCAUAUUAUACAACUUAAUCAUGGCAACUGUUACUACGACUACAGUUCCCAGCUGCUCACCGCCGUCCUGGCGUGCGAUGCGCUGCGCCGCGGCAUCAACCGCAUGUGUGAUAUUUUGCAGUAUUACGUCUCACCCGUGAAAUAUGCUAGUGAUUCUGAAGACCAUUCCACUAUCUGCAGCAAAAAACUUAAAAAGAAGAAGUCUGGGUCUAAAAAACUAUGGAAAUCGUCUAAAUAUAAGAUAAAUUCGAGUUCGCAACAAAAAGUCACGAGGCGCUUCGAAGAUGAUCACUAUGCGGAACAUUCGGGCAGCUCCUGGCACCACUACAGAAAAUACUCAGUCUUACACACAGUGGAGCAAAACAGGAAACACCGACAACCGAGGAGACGAGAGUGGCGAAGAGCAAAACGCAGCAUCCCCCGGACCCUCUGGCCCGCAGAGCUGGAAACCAACGUCUCCAGGAACUUCGAGCGCGCAAACCCCAUGCUUAUGCUCGUGCGAUAUUUAGACGACGUCCUCAAAAUUGACCAUCGGGACUUUGAGUGAUGUUUUUAUUGUUUCUGUUUAAUUAAAUUCAAAAGACAAUA